GUUGACUGUUCUGCACUCCGAAUGUAUCCCAAACCUGUUCUUUUCCGGAGCAUCCCUGGUACAACUGUAGUUCCAGCUGCGGAUCCGAUCUGGCUGCGUUCUCCCAGGCCACCUUGUCGCCCCCUCGCGGAGUGCCGCGUUCCUCAAGCUUGCAGAACGCCCACAGCAGGUCACGAGUGGCAGAAGGCGUGGUGGCUGCGGUGGUGGAGUGAGACAGUUGCCAACAGCUGGCGCAGCUACCGCGCUGCGCACAGGGACCAGCGAGUACGCAGCCCAGGUACUGCCCCUUGCCAGUGACUUCUCUGCAGCGGGUUAUAAAAGCCUCGGGCACAGCCUGCCAAGGUUCUGAUAACUCCGGAGCACAGCAGGAUCCAAGCCAAGACCCGCUACGAAGCUGCAGGCGGCGGCAGAGGCUUCAGCAAAGCUAGACAACGGGAACUCUCCAGCUGGACACGAGGCCCCAGAAUCGUGCCAUAGAAUCAGAACUUUUGCAGGUAGCCCUGCUACUGGCUCUUUCCUCCUGAAGCCUUCACACAGCCCCAGCUUUGCGUUUCCCGUGGCAAGCAGGGGGGUAGGAGUUGCUGCAGCAGCAGGUGCAGAGGCGCGGUUCUCUUGCCUUUUAGAACUGUGCAGAGUGAAACUGCUUUCCACCUUUCAGUUUAACGCAAAAGAGAGCCUGUCCCUGAAGCCUGAACUCAAAUGCUUCCUGGAGCUUAGAAGUGAAGGAACUUGGAGCCACCAGGGUCAGGCAGACCACGCAACAAGAAGCGUUACUUCUCUGAGCCAGUCUCCUGCUUGCAAGGACUGAGUUCUGCCCAGGAAAUUUCCUACCUCCUGGGUGGCAGGACCAUAAGUCUCUGGCGUCUGCUGCAAAAGAGUGUGUCCUUGGGCCGGGGCUUUGCUGCCUAUCCCUGAGAUGGAUAACGUUCUUUCUGUGGACACAGACCUCUUCCCCAACAUCUCUACCAACACCUCGGAGUCCAACCAGUUCGUGCAGCCUGCCUGGCAAAUUGUCCUCUGGGCAGCAGCCUACACGGUCAUCGUGGUGACCUCUGUGGUGGGCAACGUGGUGGUGAUGUGGAUCAUCUUGGCCCACAAGAGAAUGAGAACCGUGACCAAUUAUUUCCUGGUGAACUUGGCCUUCGCCGAGGCCUCCAUGGCAGCGUUCAAUACCGUGGUGAACUUCACCUACGCGGUCCACAACGAGUGGUACUAUGGCCUGUUCUACUGCAAGUUCCACAACUUCUUCCCCAUUGCUGCUGUCUUCGCCAGUAUCUACUCCAUGACGGCUGUGGCCUUCGACAGAUACAUGGCCAUCAUCCAUCCCCUCCAGCCCCGGCUAUCAGCCACUGCCACCAAAGUAGUCAUCUGUGUCAUCUGGUUCCUGGCUCUCCUGCUGGCCUUCCCACAAGGCUACUACUCCACCACCGAGACCAUGCCCAGCAGAGUCGUGUGCAUGAUUGAAUGGCCAGAGCACCCCAACAGGACCUACGAAAAAGUGUACCACAUCUGCGUGACCAUACUGAUCUACUUCCUCCCCCUGCUGGUAAUCGGCUAUGCCUACACUGUGGUGGGAAUCACUUUGUGGGCCAGCGAGAUCCCUGGGGACUCCUCGGACCGUUACCACGAGCAAGUCUCUGCCAAACGCAAGGUGGUCAAAAUGAUGAUUGUGGUGGUGUGCACCUUCGCCAUCUGCUGGCUGCCCUUCCACAUCUUUUUCCUCCUACCCUACAUCAAGCCAGAUCUCUACGUGAAGAAGUUCAUCCAACAGGUCUACUUGGCCAUCAUGUGGCUGGCCAUGAGCUCCACUAUGUACAAUCCCAUCAUCUACUGCUGCCUCAAUGACAGGUUCCGUCUGGGCUUCAAGCAUGCCUUCCGUUGCUGCCCCUUCAUCAGCGCUGGUGACUAUGAGGGGCUUGAAAUGAAAUCCACCCGGUACCUCCAGACGCAGGGUAGCGUGUACAAGGUCAGCCGCCUGGAGACCACUGUCUCCACAGUGGUAGGAGCCCAUGAGGAGGAGCUGGAAGAAGGCCCCAAGGCCAUACCCUUAUCCCUGGACCUGACCUCCAAUGGCUCUUCUCGAAGCAACUCGAAGACCAUGACAGAGAGCUUCAGCUUCCACUCUAACACGCUGGCCUAGGCAGUGCUGCGCCUUUUGCAGGUGUGGCUAUCAAUACUUUUGUCCCAAUUCCUUCAUGUGUGGCUAUAUGUUUGAUCUGUAAUCCAUCUGAAAUACCCUAACACUGAAGCUUUUGGAAGCGGUUAGGAUGGUUUAGGGAGAACAUUCCAUGCUAAAUUCAGUCUGGAUUCUUUCCUGUCUUUGCCACCUCUCCCCUGUGCUGUGUGACCCAAGGCACAACAGUGAGCUUCCUUAAAUUGAGAUGGCCAGACUCAGUUUCCCCUGCAGCUCAUUCCACAGUUCCUGAAAUGACUUCAACUGCAUGCUGGGGCUCAUUUCAGAAGGUAUUCGCAGAGCAGUAAGGGACCCAGCAGACCUGGGUGCUGCAGCCUCUGUCUUUGUUCAAUAAAGUCAUUCUCCACCAUGCUUAGACCAGCUCACACUGCUCCAGCCUUCACAGUGUGAGCAAAAGAAGGUGCCACAUAAAAUCCCAGUGGAAGCUCUAUCCCUACCUUUAAGCACACAUGAAAAGAACACACAUCCGCCUCUUUGUAACAUCUCAGUAUUGCAGUUCAUUUAAACAUCAUGAGACUGACAGCCUCUGAGUCUUCUGUAAUGUCCCCAGGAACCAUCCUGAGCAACCAACGCUGGUGGAAGCUGUCUACUGAGACCAGCUGAUAUGUAUCCUCCCGACCAAGAAUCGGAAGAUCUGUACCGAGAGUAACCUACCUGAGCCUCUCUCCUUGUAAGGCAAUAGGGCUGAACUAAAUAUUCUUAAUGUCUCUUUGAAUCUUAGUGUUCCUUGCUUCCAGAACUGUGCAAGUUUUGCUUGUCUCUCACACACAAAAAAAGCAGUCUAAAAAAAUAACAAAAGCGGUGAUACCCAGCUCCUAAACAGACGUGUAAAUGUUCUCCUAUUAACCCUAAAACCUUAGCACUUUCCUUCUCCCAGAAGGUUCUGGUAUUUGACAGAGCAGAGGACUUAAUGGGAAAUCAUGAAUCUCUCCAGCAGACUGUAGCAGGCUGAAUUCCACCUCUGAGAACAGCAUCAGGAAAGACAUGCUCAUGGGCUUCCUGCUCCAGCUGUUCAGAAUAUUCCAAGGACCCUAGUCCAGAUUCCUAACUUUUGGCUAGCAUAUAGCAUGAAGAAGCUGCAGCCAAACUUCUGGAAAGGAGCAACUUGCAUCUUCUCUCCAGACUCUAAAUCUCCCCCUCCUUCCCCCCUCUUUUGCUGGUCUCCUGUCUGCAAGGAGUAGAAUGAUCUACAAAUCCUAAAAAAGCAGUCAGUUGGCCAAGAACCAAGAACUGAAUGCUUUGUGUCCUGAUAUAGCUUCAGGGUCUCCAGAAGGUGAGUGUACUAUUUCUGCCUCCCAGAUGUGUGCUUUGCCCAGAUGUGGCUGGAAGCCAAAUCUUCCUCUGACAUCCUUGACUGUCCUUAUGGUUUGGGUAACUAGAUGCACAUGAGCUCCAGUCAUCUAUCAGGGAGAACAGUGCCACCCAUGGCAUGGGGUUUACAGCCUCUGCCAACCUUGUUGACUCUAACCCCACAAAGGUAUUACCACUCCUGGAGGAGUUGUAUAGCAAGAGUAUAAGCCAGAAAAACCUGAGAAAGCAACAUGGAAAAUAUUCAGUAAACUCAGUAAAUCCCCCAUCAGUGGAAAUCUGUGAGUGAAAAACACAUGUAGCAACAACAAAAGUCAGCACCCGAGUCACUGGUCAUGCUUCCAGUUGGGAACCUUGCCAAGCACAGCUAUAAAGUGACAUGAUUAUUAAAAGUAUCCAAGAAGAAAGCACUGGGGACAUCCCAUUCACAGAAGAGAAGAUUAUGCAGAAAGGAUUUCUUGAGCACCUGCUUUGGACUUAAUGCUGAGCUGGGGACACACAGCCGCUUCCACCCAGAGGAGCGUCAUGCCUCCCAUUCCUAACGCACCAGCCCAGGUGAAGCAAGAACCGAUCAGGCAAGGAGGCACUGACAAGCAGCAGAUUCUUCCCAGGGCUUUAAAAAAAGGUGCUUUUGACAGGAAGAAAUCAAGCCAAAGGCUGGGGCCUUCAGAAAGCCUCUGCAGUGAUAGUCCUCCAAAGGAAACCACCAGUCAGCCUAAAGGACUUAGAUGAGCAGUGUCAACCCAUGUAUCAACCCAUGUAUAAUAUUAGAGACUAUGAAAUGGUCCUGGGCAGCUUGGAUAUGGCAAAGCAUCCCUCAGGGGGACUAGCAAGCCUCCUAUCACUCCUUUCUCCAAAGUCCAUUUGACUUAUAGAAAUGCCAUCAACUCCUGUGUGUGAGGAACACUGUGAUUUGUGUUGUGCAUGGGUCUCAUUCGUAUUGAAAUGUGUCACCCCAUGUUUAUCUCCUAAGUGUAUUACCUUGAUAUACCAUCCAGUAGUGAUAGACUGGGACACGUCCUGGGGCCAUCCUUGUUACAUUACCUCCAAACUGUGGGAUCCAGUUCCAUUGGUGUGCACUGCAUUGCACCAAUCUCCUCCUACCAUCAUUCCUCCUUGGGGUAGAGCCCCAAGUGUAUCACAUACUCAAUGUACUUGAGGGGUGAGGAGUGGACCUUUAUAGGAGGAAUUAAAGAGCAAGGUCUUUAUCUUCCUUAACCCCUCAUCAGAAUGCUAAGACAAAGGACUCCAUGGAAUCCUAGGAAAGGAGGACUCAGGAGCUGGCCUCGUUGGGUUGAUUUUAGGGGAGAAAUGUCAAUGAAGAAGGGUCACUUCUGAGUCUUGUUUCAACCUGGGAUUCUGGAAAGAAUCUCUAU